AUGGCAUUCACCGAUCGAUUCACGAGAUGCUGGGCCAUCUUUGCCCUCGUCAUUCUAUCAUGGGCUGCGCUGGCCCACGCCACGCCCGACCCUAGGAUGCUCGAUUCCAGGAUGUUGGAACCAAGACAGCUGAAGCAGACGCUCUGCUCAAGCUCAAAUACGGCAUCAAUGAGCGCAAAUCUCAGUAUAUGGCAGACUAAUGGUCUCUGUUCCGACUUUUGCAGAGGCAAGAACUUUGCCUUCGCCAUUGUUCAGUACCAGUCUUGCUGGUGCUCCGACGUCGCCCCGGCCGCGUCCUCCGAAGCCGAUGUCGAAGACAAGUGCAACGACAUUUGUCCCGGCUACGACACCGAGAAGUGCGGUUCACGACCGAACUGGUACGGGUACAUUCAGUUGUCAAAGACCCCUACUAGCACCGCAGGUGGCGAUGCCGCCACCACCUCUGCUGCUGCGGCGUCAACAACACAAACAACGACGACAUCGAGAAAACCGCAGACGUCUGUCCAGACCGUCACCGCCGAUGGAACCGUUAGGACUGUUACUGUCACUCCUACGGCUACGGGAACCGAUGGCGCGACAGGGGCCUCAGAGCUGUCCCCCUCGAGCUCGGCAUCGUCAUCGAAUGGACUGAGCACCGGUGCAGUCGUUGGAGUGGUAGUGGGAGUUAUUGCCGCAGUGGUAGCAUUCGCAGGACUAGGUCUCUUCCUGUUCUUCCGACGACGCAAGCAACACCAGGAGAACGAAAAGUACGACGAGCCCAGCCACCGUGGCAGCUCAGCCGGUAUGACGGGCUCACCGCGUAAUCCCGAAAUGGUCGUGACAGUUGAUGGUGGACGAUGGGAUGCCGACUCGACCAGCGACCACCGCCGCAGUCGCCUCAUGGCACACGAUCCUCGCAUGGAACCCCUCGGAAGGGGCCUGUACCUGAACAACAAGAGCGCCGAGAGCAUCAACACAUUGCGCGACGACCAAGAUUAUUCCCGCAAGGUUCAUAAACCAGUCUUGCGGGCGACCAACCCCGAUCCUGAAUGA